UAGGGUUCGAAACUUCUCAAGGAAAUACGAAACUCUGCUUUUUCGCCGCAGUCGGAAGUUCGAAACUAGCCGAUCUCACUUUUGCGCACGCAAUUCGCUGAACGGAACAGGCAAGUCAAGAGGGGCGCACGGAUCGCCAUGGAAGCCGCUCGCAAAGGACGAGGAAGGAGAAAACCAUCGGCGUCCAAGGCCGAUCCGAAUGAGGACGGGAGGACAACACGAGCCGUCGAGGAGAACGCGACGCCAUUGUUGGAGGUUCGCGUCUGGCCGUUCGAUUGCUCCAUCGAGAAUCACUUCAGAGCGGUGGACUCAGCAGCAGAGCUCUGCGGCGAAGCGGAAGUCGGCGCCCUCGAUGAUGGCGAGAUUGCGAGGUUGUCUUCUUCAAUCUCUUUCUCCAGAGCGGUGGACUUGAUCGGGGAGCCUUGUGGGGAAGCGCACGUUGGCACUCUUGACGAUGGUGAGAUUGUGAGUGAUGCCAACAAGGAAUGGAGGUACUUGAACUAUGAGCCACGGGUUAUCAAAUUUGCUAAGGAAACACGGCAUUUGCAGAAACAGGAUGCUGGCAUUGAGGUAACCUUGCCACCGUUCUCAUCUGCAACUGUCCCUCAGGAUAAUGGACCCCACGCAGGAUGCAACAGCAAGGAUUUUGUCAUUUAUGUUGGAGGUGCAGUUUGGGCUCUGGAUUGGUGUCCCAGAGUUCGCCACAGACCUGAAUAUCAGACUAAAAAUGAGUUCAUAGCUGUCGCUGCUCAUCCUCGGGGAUCUUCUCAGCACAAAUUAGGUGUCCCACUUACUGGCAGAGGUGUCAUUCAAAUGUGGUCUCUUCUUAACGUGAGUGGAGAUGAGGAAGAGGCGUCUUUAGUGGAAAAGCCUAGACAAAGGCGUGUAAAUUCACAAUCGCUAAAAGCGAAAUCAUCUCAGCCCCCAAAACCUAGGGGAAGACCUAGAAAGAAACCCCUAGAAAGACCUUCUGAUGACUUGAAUUGCAACAGUCAAUUUGGUCAGCCUCUUGCCAGUGACUUUCCGGAGAAGACACCGGUAUCAUAUACCUUAGAUGGGGUUUCUGGGGUUCUCAAUGCACAAGUUACAGGGAAAGAUUCUGCCCGAAAACGAAGAAGUAGAGAAGCAGCAGCAUCCCCAAAUACUAGUCGAAGGUCAAAUAAUGUCAGUGCUGUGGAAAGCUGUCAUGUCGAUGAACAUGUUUCAAUAAUGACGGAAAAUGAGGAAACAUUGUUGCCCUGUAUAAAUCAGCAAGGUCAUUCUUCUGGCUUUGGAGAGUGUUCUGCCGCAAAUAAUGCUGUUGGAAGUAAUAGCAGAUCGGGCUCUGGUACUUUAUUAUCGGAGGACGUCGCCACACCGAGGUUGGUGUUUUGCCUUGCUCACAAUGGAAAAGUCGCGUGGGACGUGAAAUGGAGGCCAUUUGAUAUGCAUGAAACCAAAUGCACACAUCUGAUGGGCUAUCUAGCCGUUCUGCUGGGAAAUGGGUCUCUAGAAGUGUGGGAGGUUCCACUGCCUCAAACGGCGAAUAUUAUUUAUUGUUCUACUCAAAGGGAAGAUACAGAUCCUCGCUUUGUAAAACUGGAGCCAGUAUUUAGAUGCUCAACACUUAAAUCUGGUGGCAUACAGAGCAUCCCGCUGUCUGUGGAAUGGUCGACUUCUCACCCGCAUGAAUACUUGCUUGUUGGGUGCCAUGAUGGAACGGUAGCUUUGUGGAAAUUCUUUGCAAGUAAUUCAUCCAAAGAUACAAGGCCUUUGCUUCAUUUCACUGCAGAUACAGUUCCUGUCAGAGCAGUUGCAUGGGCCCCUUUUGGAAGUGAUCCUGAGAGUGUAAAUGUCAUAGUCACUGCUGGACAUGGAGGUAUUAAGUUCUGGGACAUGCGUGAUCCGUUUCAUCCCUUGUGGCACAUUCAUUCUGCGCCCAAGAAUAUCCUUAGCCUUGAUUGGCUGCCAGAUCCUAGAUGUGUUCUUUUAUCAUUUGAUGAUGGAACAGUGAGAUUGCUUAGCUUGUCAAGGUCUGCAUAUGAUGGCCCUGUCACUGGAAAACCUCUCUGUGGCACGAAACAAGGGUUGCAUACGAUGUACUGUUCAUCCUUUGCCAUCUGGAGUGUUCACGUCUCAAGACAUACUGGGAUGGUUGCCUACAGUGGUGCUGAUGGCAACGUUUGCCAAUUCCAGCUCACCUACAAGGCAGUGGACAAGGAUGCAGCACGACAUCGAGCCCCACAUUUCCUCUGUGCCUCUGUCGCUGAGGAUGGAUCAGCCGUUGUACUUAACAUGACGCCAUCAGAUAUUCCUGUCGCACUAGGAAAACCACUUAAGGGGACACCGAGUUCAAUGCGUGAAAUGUUAUCUGCAUCUCCCGAGGUGGAAGAAGCCAUGGAAAACGAGGCGGAAGGACAAACUCCAGAUGAGCAAACACUAGCACUGUGCUAUGGUGAUGAUCCAAGUGUGGAAUCCGGAUGGGAGGAGACCUUGUCAUCUUUCAAGAACAAAAGGAACCAAAUCUCUGGGAAGCUCAAUAAGAAGAAGCUGCGGGUUGAGAUACAGAGGGACAAAGAGCCAGAGACGGUUCCUGAGGGAGCAGAUACUGCGGUUACAUCAAGAGAGUUCAAGACUUUCCCUCCAAAGAUUGUGGCGAUGCACAGAGUGAGAUGGAACAUGAACAAAGGCAGUUGGAAAUGGUUAUGCUCCGGUGGUGCUGCCGGAAUAGUAAGGUGUCAAGAGAUAGAUAUGCUGAGUACAGAUCCUAAAUCAAAACGGAAAUGAGGAAACCGAGAUUUUCACUAGCCUGGUAAUUUGAGGCUUCAUAUUUAUUUUUCUGUCUCGACGUGAAUAUGCGAUUGUGUUGCUCUAAAUUGUAAUACUUAAAACGCCAAAUCUUCAACCUUGAUGAAAUCUUCUGAUACAAACUCCGACACUGAAAGCCUCUUUGCUAGCCAUUUGCUGGAGAAACUCGAAGACGGCAUUAAAGCGGCCUGAUUACAUACUGGUCCCGACAUUUUUAUCUAUGGUGCUGGUCAAGUUAUCA